AUAAACAGCUUAAGAAAAAAAGCGGGAGUAAUUCAAAUGUGUCCAAUUGCAAGAUCAUUACGCCUACGCGAAUAAUCUUGAUCAUGCAGUUAUAAAAUAUAAGAGGGGAUGUGUUACGACAUUGCAUGAUCUCUCAUACAUUAAAAAUAUGAUGCGACAAAUGAUUGUUGGACUGUCACUGGUUAGUUGGCACGUCGCAAUAGCUGUUAUGCGGGAUUUAUUAGAUAAAAAAAAUUUUGCUAUUGCGGCAGUUAAGUCUAAGCCGACUAUUGAACUUUAUCGACCACCAGGAGGGAGAAACGACAUCACCACGGCCAACCAACAAUUAAACGUACACGCGAAAGAGUUUACAAUGAAGCAUAACGAGGGGCAUCAUCACAACAUAGCUAACAAUAAACCGAUGACAAACGAUAACAGAUCUUACUAUCUGCAGCACAGUAAAUCAAGCGGGAACAUACAGCGUUAUUUGUAUGCUCAACAGCAUCAACACCAACAUCAACAUCAGCACCAUCAUCAACAUCAGCACCCACACCAGCCUCAACAAUUUUCUUAUCACCCCAGUCACAGCGUCGUUAAUUACCACGGCGCUUCGCGGCACUCCCACGCACUUAAUACAUCAGCUUCUAGCGGCAACAUCUUGCAUGCAAAUGUCAGUCGGGUUCACUUCAACGUCGAGCCUAAAAUAAAUCCGAGUGUGAAACCUGGAAAAUUGACCAAGUCAUUGUCCUUUGUUUCUACUUAUGGGCUGAAGCGAUCCAAGAGUUUUAAUAGUGAUGUUCUCGCUCAUAAAGCUAAUAGCAUUUCCGAUAUUGCGGCCUUAGGAAAAUUUCCUGCGGCGAUACAAGAUGUACUUAUUAAAGCAAUCGAAGAUCCAAAUGUAUUGAAUUCACGCUCCUUAAUGGAGUUAGUCCGUCAUCUGCUGGGAAGAGUCGUCGAACAGCGGAAGCACGCGGAACCCGCAGCUAAAAUUUGCAUUAAAAUUGUUGAGAAAGAAGUCAAAGAAACGUUCCUUGAAUCUUUGUUGAACACCUGCCAACAAUUGUACCAAGAUCAUGCGCGGUCAUUGCACGAUCUUUCUAUUUGUCAUCGGUUUUCGGCUUUUAUGACAUUCCUCAAUGAAAUGUACUGCCAGUUGAAGCGAAGACAACUUCAAUUAAAAACACAGCAAGAGGGAGUUCCACCUGGCAGAGUUUUACUAACUCUUCUUUGGAAAUGUUGUCUCGAUUGUUUACAGGCUUCUUUUAUUACAUCUUUACCUGAAAUGGAGUGUCUGUUUUACAUUUUAACAUGCAUCGGUAAGGAUCUGGACGUAGAACUGCCAAUGCAAUUAGAACAAUUACUAGCUACUGUACGUGAUAGCUUUCUUAUUGACAAUUCAACGCAACCAGCAAUUCGUAAGAUCCUAUUGCAAAUAAUAGAACUCCACGCAGCACACUGGCAACUUCCUGCGUCUGCCCUCGUUUAUUACUAUCCUGGCUCAUCGAAAUCAUAAUCUAUCAUUUUAACACCCUUGACAUCCAUUUAAUUAAUUUUGUUAUUAUAUAUUUAUCUAUCCUUUCUUUUUUACUUCGUUAUUCAAUUAUUUAAACAUCUUAAUUUAUCUAAAAAUUAUUAAUUAUUUUUAGUUAAAAUAACAAUCAAAUUUUUUUAUUUUGCCAGCAUUUAUAAAAUUACUCAUUUUUAAUAUUAAAAAAAAAACCAAGGUCAUGGCUUACUCGAUCGAGUAACCUUGCAGUAGAUCCCAUUGAUUGUUUUCCUGGAAGAUAUUUAUUACUUAUUAUUUAUUAUAAUUAUUAUUUAUUAUUUUAUUUAAACAAAGAAAAUGGAAAUUAAUUUUAAUAUUCUAUUGUAAAUAAUUUUAAAUAUUUAUCUCUAGUUAUAAGUAACAAAUGUAAUUGAUUUAAAUGAAAAUGAAGUUGCAUCAGAUGAUGAUAUAUGUCCGGAUAAUUUUUCAUUUAAAUAAAUAUUUAUCUGUAUAAAUAUUUUACGCAACAAACUCGAUCAUCUUUAAUACAUAUGUAUGUAAGAGAGA